AUGCCGUGCGGUGCACGGGAAGCUCUGGAUUUAGUCGUAAAGUUUUACAAGCCUCCACAGUUCCCGAAGCUAGUGCAGAACGGAUCUCAAUGGGGCAAGUUCCUGCGUCUUCGUACUGAAGCUAUCGCCACUGUGCUCGUUGGUUGUGCUGAGAGUGAUGACUUCCGGGUGGAAAAUCAUCCGUGGAUCAGCGACUUCAUCAGUUUCCUCCUGGAUCCCGUGGUUUCGUCCGAGAAUGUGCAUUCGUUCCUGAUUCUCUCGCUGCCGUGUGGUCGGCGUUCUGUUUCGUGGACGCGGAAGUUCGGGCGUUUGCGCAAGUGUCACGAUGUUCCCGCUGCUCCGAGCUUAUUUAGAUGCAAAAGACCGGCUUUUCAUUCUACCACUCAACUCACCGACUACGGCACAAUCACGACGAAUAGUAUCGGGGUGGCCGCCGUGGAGGCGGGCGUAUCCGACAACCAGUGGCCACAUUCGCACCGCAUGAUAGCUGCCGCGUGUGUCAACGAGUUUCUCUUGGUCAACCGAGAUUUCCUCAUACAUUCGAAGUAA